AUUAACAGAGGUUUAAAUAAAGCUAUUCACCUGUGAGACAGAUGUACUCUUUUUUUAAAAAUGAGGCCAAUGUUCGUCUAUCUUUUGCUAAUUUCUGUUCCGACCUUAAUGUCAGCUGAUUUCAUAAUAACAGAAUCAGAGGAUCAUGAGGUUGGAUAUGGAAGCCGUUCACCAAAUUAUCAACCAUUAAAAACGUUACUAAAGAAAAGAAGCACAAAUGGACUGCGAAACAAAGACAGAGAAAAGAUUCAAGUCUACAGCUUGAAGAUCAAUUCCAAAAUUACAUCUCGAUUCGCUCACAAUGUGAUAACAAGCCGUGUGGUAAACCGAGCAACUAAAUCCAAAGAAGCCCUCUUUGAAGUUGAGCUGCCCAAAACAGCUUUCAUUACCAACUUUACAAUGACCAUAGAUAGAGUGAAGUAUUCUGGAGAAGUGAAGGAAAAAGAAGUUGCUCAGCAACAGUAUGAAGUUGCAGUUUCCCAGGGGCAGACUGCAGGAUUGGUAAAAGUAUCUGGAAGAAAAAUGGAAAAGUUCCAAGUAUCAGUAAAUAUUGCACCAGCCAAAAAAGUUAAUUUUGAACUAAUCUAUGAAGAAUUAUUAAAACGCAAAUUGGGAAAAUAUGAAAUGAUCCUCAGAGUAAAACCUAAGCAGCUGGUCAAUCAUUUCCAGAUUGAUGCUCAUAUUUUUGAACCAAAAGGCAUUGCCUUUCUCAAUGUCCAUGGAACUUUCUUAACAAAUGAUCUGGAUCAAGCUAUGGUGAAGAACAGAACUGAAACCAAGGCUCAUAUUUCCUUCAAACCAACCCUGGAGCAACAGCAAAAAUGUCCUGAUUGCAAUGAAACACUGUUGGAUGGAGACUUGAUCAUACAGUAUGAUGUCAAUAGAGACCUGUCUGGUGGGGACAUUCAGAUUGUGAAUGGCUACUUUGUUCACCAUUUUGCACCUGCAAAUCUACCAAGAGUGCCUAAGAAUGUUAUCUUUGUGAUAGACCGCAGCUUUUCUAUGCGUGGCCUCAAAUUCAGACAGACAAAGCUGGCUCUACUUAGAAUAUUAGGAGACAUGAGCACACAGGAUUAUUUUACAAUAAUCAGUUUUGAUUCUACCAUUGAAAAGUGGCGAGAUUCACUAGUUCAGGCAACUGCGGAAAAUGUUUUGCAAGCGAAAAGAUACAUCAUCUACUUACAACUUGGAGCAGAAACAAACAUAAAUGAUUCUCUGUUACUAGCUAUAAGUCUUCUGGACACAGCUCACAAACAAAAGCUGCCUGAGAGAAGUGUCUCCAUGAUAAUUCUUUUAACAGAUGGUGAUCCAAAUGUGGGAGAAAAGGACCCAGUGAAAAUCCAAAUCAAUGUUAAAAAUGCCAUACAGGAGAGGUAUAGUUUGUACUGUCUUGGCUUUGGUUUUGACGUUGAUUACAGUUUCCUGGAAAAAAUGGCACUGGAUAAUGGUGGCGUGGCUCGACGUAUUUAUGAUGAUUCAGAUUCAGCCUUGCAGCUCCAGGGUUUUUAUAAUGAAGUAGCAAAUCCCUUGCUUUUGGAUGUCGAGAUGCAAUAUCAGGAGAAUGCCAUUUCAGAGUUAACAGAGGCCAAUUUCCGACAGUAUUAUGAUGGAUCUGAAAUUGUCGUAGCUGGCAAGAUAGCAGACAACAGUCUUGAUACAUUCAUGGUAGAAAUUACAGCUAAAACUGCAAGCAGUAAUUUAUCUCUUGAAGAGAAAGUCAAUGUGUCAGAGGCAGAGAGGAUUCUGCAAUAUCAGCAAUAUGUUUUUGGUGACUUUACUGAGAGAUUGUGGGCAUACUUGACUAUUCAACAACUCCUAAAUCAAAGAAUUUCAGCGGAUGCAGGAGAAAAUAAAAAACUAACAGCCAGGGCCUUGGAACUUUCAUUGAAGUACAGUUUUGUAACACCACUAACUUCAAUGGUUGUGACAAAACCUGAGGAGAACAAAAUGGAUGUAAUUGCCAUGGCUGACAAACCCAUUAAAAAUGCCAAACGCCAGAAACAGCAGAAUAGAAAGUAUUCCACUGUAUCACCAGGUUUUCAUCUGCGACAAAGGGGGACCCUUUUGUCAGGUGCUUCCCCUACAUUAAAUUUUGCAUCAUCUGCUGACCAUUCAGUAACUAGUGUUGAUGGUGAUCCACAUUUCAUUAUCCAACUACCGAAACAAUUGAAUGCCAUCUGUUUCAACAUAAAUGGGAAACCAGGUUCAAUAUUAAAUCUUGUCACAGAUCUAAAGACAGGUAUAAAUGUAAAUGGACAAUUAAUAGGAGACAAGAAAAUCGAAAACAACCAAACAUUAAAUACAUACUUUGGAACAUUUGGGAUUGAAAACAGGAAAAUCAACAUGAAAAUGGCAGUGACAACUGAAAUAAUCACCAUCUAUUAUAAUGAAGAAAAUACUAUUAUCCCUUGGUCAACUACAGCAAUGUUAACAUAUGAGAGCUGUGCAGUAUCCAUCAGGAAAGAGAAAGAUCUUACAAUAACAAUGGGGGAUGGUGCAACAUUUGUUAUUGUGCUGCAUCGCGUCUGGAAAAACCACCCUCUGCACAGAGACUUCCUGGGAUUUUAUACAAUUGAUAGCCACAGGCUUUCAAAUAUGACUCAUGGAUUACUUGGUCAAUUUUACCAUGAUGUUCCUUAUAAGGUGUAUAACAUUCAUCCUGGAUCAGACCCAGAAAAACCAGAAGCCACAAUGGUUGUAAAGGGUCAUAAUCUGAUAGUAACAAGAGGAUGGCAGAAAGAUUAUCGACUUAAUUCAAAGUGGGGUGCCAAUAUCACAUGCUGGUUUGUUCACAACAAUGGGAAAGGAUUUAUUGAUGGGACAUACACUGACUAUGUUGUUUCCUCCUUAUUUGACUAAACAUUCCAUACAGCUGACCAAUUUAGUAAAAAGCGACAGUGAAAAAUUAUACUUUUUCAUAGAUCAUAUCAAGAUAUUGCAAAGCGUUUUGCAAAAUAAAUUAAGCUUGAAGUGUGAUGACUAAUUUUAUGUAAAAAAGAAGUCACUGCUUUUCAAAUGAUACCACAUGAUCAUAACAGCCACCUGAAUGGACAAAUGUGACAGAUGUACAUACCCAACAUAGGAAAAUGCUCAGCUGAAAAAAAAAUCAAAUCCCAUCAUGCAAUUAAUCAAUUCCUCGCUACAUGGGGUUAUGUUGUUUCCAGAGUCCAUGUAGUCACUUGUGAGAGAUAAGUGAAUUGAUAACAACCUUGGACAAUAACAGAAAAAAUUAAUCUGGACGAUUCUUCUCUGAACAAAUUUUCCCAACCUAAUUAACUGAAAUAAUUUGUCAUUGAAGCCACAAUCUUGUUCUAUCAUUAUUUUACAAUGCUCAAUCAAAUAACCUUGGAGUUCUUAUCUUCACGAGAGUUUUGUUCAAGGAAAAAAAUAACAUACUUCAAUUAUAAUGAAUAUUCCCAUGGAUGCAGCACUGUUCCCUAAAUAACUUUAGAUAUAGCUUCACAACAUUGAAUGAAGAAUUUGAACUAUAUCACCAAGGUGUUUAUCUUUUAGCAGUGGAUUCCGUUUACUAUUAUGCAAUGUUUAUGCUCAAUAUCAGAAGAGUUUAGCUUCAGUACUUUGAUUGAAAUUCAGUCCAGUACAAUUGUCAACAGUUUUCAUUGAAACAGCAGUUUACAAACCAAAGGUUAUAAUGUUCACAAACAAUAGUCACAAAUUUAUACAAUGAUUAUACUGUUCACUUGCAAGUCUAGCAAAAAUGAACCCAUUGCAAAGUAAUUAAAACAUCUCAAAACCUUUAUCUUUUAUUAUGACCUACCAAUUUAAAAAAAAAUCAUGUCAUUUUUAUAAGAGCCACACAAUUAUCUUCUUGUUUCAUCCAUCUUUAUAGCAUCUCUGAAUGACAUUCAGAAUUUCACUGGCCCAAGGCAUUUCAUGAGAUAUGAAGUCAUGACUAGUUGGUGGGGCAGAAUCCAUGAAAGAUUCUAUUAAUUCUUUUUUUUAGCUUAGAAUCAAUCUAAACAUUAUGGCACAGACAGCAGCAGACAGGGGGCUAACACCUUCAAUACAUUGUUUGGGCGGACACCAAUUGUUAAAGUUAACCUGAGAAUGUAACU